ACUUUAAACCCUUGAGAAUGUUUUUUUAAUAACUUGAUUAUUGUUCAUUCGAUGAGAAUGACCAUUAUCAUAGGUCGGGUAUCACAGAUAAGUAAAUUACCAGAAACUCAAUAAGCAACAUACAAAUAUCACUAUAGUAAUGAACAAGCCGAUCGAAUUAUUGAUUGUUCAGAAACCUAUAAGAGGAGGUUGCAAUGGUCCUUUUUGAAUUUUCCUUUUCACUGGCGACACAAACCGAAAAUCAAAGAGAAUGCCCACAAAUAUAUCAUGUCCCGAAAUGAAAAAUGGCACGUUGGUCGUGCAUGUUGUAAACUACACGCAUUCAUCAACGGCGCUACUUUUUCUCUUUUGGAUUUCUGUCUCUAGCCUCUUUGCGAUAUUCUGGGUCUCUCGCUCAAUGUACAAACAGAACAGAUUCUCUCAACCGCGGUUUCUUGCCAUUGCUGUUUGCACAUGUGAUUUCCUGUACGCAGCUCUUUGUGUAAGUAUGCAGACUGCGAACUACUUUUUGGGGUAUUGCGACUCGGGUGGAUAUCACGGAUGCAUAUUCAGGGGCUUCUCACAGACGCUGUUUAUGAUGGCGUCCCGUCUAAUGGUAGUAUUGAUGGCUGUUGAGCGUUUUGUUGCAUUGAGGUAUCCGUUUAAAUAUCAGCACCUGAUGUCUAAGGAACGAGUUAUUGGCGCUGUAGCAGGACUUGGACUGUAUGCAAUGCUGGUUUCGUCCUUGCCUUUGAUGGGGAUUAAUAGCUAUGGAUUUCAGUCAUGGUGCGACUUUCAUUGGAACGACCGAUCCCCCGGGGGAAGAUUUUUCGUGCUGUACUUCGUCUUUGAAGGUUUUGCUUGUAUGAUGGUAAUACUCUUCUGCAAUGUGUCUGCCAUUUAUGAACUUUUAAGCAUGAAGAAAGUCCAUCCUGUGGAGACGUCCAACAAGCACAAGACUGAAAACGCAAAGUUUAUAAUGAUGAUGUCGGCCAUUUCUGUGGUUUACAUUGUGUUUUCGACUCCAUUAUUAAUUCGACUAUUUUGCAACCAGCUGGGAAUUAACCUUUCGAAGCAAAAAGAUUUCGUAGGAAUCCGCUUGAAUAUUGUUAACAAUAUGAUGAACGCCCACCUACUCUUGUUUAUACAACUCCUCUUUCAUCCAAAAUUACGCAAAAAGUUGAAUUGUUGCGGUAAUAAAGAACAAGACGGAGAUUCGAACAUCCCCUCAACCCAGGUGACCAAUACCUGAUAACAUUGUAGAACAUGAUCCCAAAAAGAGAGUCAAAUGUUACUGGAUGAGUAAGGAUUACCUGAUUACCAGCGGAUUUGUAAUUUAAAAUAUAUUUUCUGACAAUUUUUUUUGUUAAAGUAAAAGCUCUAAUGAGCUUCCUAAAUUACUAUCAUUAAAAUGAAAGAUUGUAUAAACAUGUAUUCUCCUGACAGUGAGCGGUCAGCGUGCUAACCACUCGGCCAUGUACAUGAUGUAGGCAAGACAGAAGAAUUUUGCUCUCGAUGACGAACGGAACCUAGCGCGCUGGCUGCUAACAACAAUGUUGUUUUGAGAUACAGGUGGAAUUCAGCUAACGGCAAUUUGAAAAUAUUAGAACGAUACAUAAUGCAUUGAUAUUUACAUAAGCAGAAAAAUUACAAUAUAAAUAUGUAUAUUUUUUCAUCGUUCUUUGGAUAUUAGCCUUGGCGAAUAACUUUAAUUUAAAUGGACAUUGCAUUUCGCUUGAAUCUCGACCACUUGGUCAAUCAUUAAAUUACUCCCUAAUGUCGUGCUCAUGUUGUUUUAAAAGAAGAUGAUAAUUAUUUUUUUAGUAAAAGUUGUACAUUUAUUGCUGUUUAAGUGAGCGAUGUGGCUGAUGGCCCUUUUACAUCGAUUAUGGUAUUAAUUUUACGUGAGGUUUCCAAAUCUCUAUUCCACUUGAAUUAAUACCAAUGAUAUAUUUAACUAUUUUAUGAAGAAAUGAAAUUAGGUGAAGUUUAAAUUUAUAUAGUUUAUUGUUGAAAACGAUCAUUUUUUCAAUUAUCCAUUUAUAUCAUGUUUAUCAUUGAACAGGCUUCAUUUAAGAAAUACCUGUCUUAAAAUAUAAACAAAUUAUUAUAUGUUCUAGCCCUGACGAGAAGCAACUAAAUUGAAAUACACAAAUGUAUUUGAAGGCUAAAUAAACGAAAAUUGACUUAUUUCAGUAGUGAACAUUUGACUGUUUUACCUUUUUGGAUGUCUGACAUACGUUAUCUAGAAUUAAUAAAACCAAACCAGUAUUGGGUUCCAUUAUAACUAUCGGUGAAUUUAAGUGACUGUUUAGCAUGACACGUUUUAUUGCAUGUGAAGUUUUGAAUACAUGCAAACUGUUUUAUAUUGGGGGAACUAUAUGACUUAUAUUGAGGGAACUAUAUACUAGAUUUAAAGAUUAUUUUAGGUCUGCCUUGGUAUGCAAAGAUAAAGUACGUGUACAUGACUAUUAAUUGAAGGUUCUCGGCACGGGAACAAGUUAAAAUACUGAUGACAAAGGAGAAGCUAUUGAAAUUUUCUGUACGUAAUAAAAAUAAGCUAAACAUUCCCAAUCUCAUUUUAACCAUUUCUAAAACGACACUGCCGCGUAGGAAUUUACAAAUUUCUUCUUUUUUUUUAUUGUUUAUAUAAUAGCGCCAGAUUACAUGUUGAUUCUCCGAAUUUGAUACUUGAGUCAGCAAAUCUC